AUGUCUUCUCAAUCACUACUCAAUCCGAACUAUGACCGAAGCCUUGAAACAACAUUAGAUCAGGCCCUUCGUGGUUACAAUGAUAGAACAACUCCGAAUGCAUUGCGCCAACCCACACCUAGCCUGAACCAGGUCAAUCUGGUGAUAAGUUCACUGCUUAACGAUAACAGCCAGGCUGCACAUCACCACCAUCACGUAGUUCAACACCAGGCUCCGCAACAACAACAACAACAACAACAACAACAACAACAACAACAACAACAACAACAACAACAACAACAACAACAACAGCAGCAGCAGCAGCAACAACAACAACAACAACAACAACAACAGCAGCAGCAGCAGCAACAACAACAACAACAAAAGCAAGCCCAACAGACUAUAAAACAGCAAGUGCAACAGCUGGUGCAUCAACAGGCUCAACAACAGCAACAACCGUCUCAGAAUGACAACCAAAGUGCUGCCACUGCUGCUGCCAUCGCUAAUGCGACCAUGAAUUCCGGUUUAAGUUCCAGCUUGAACCCUGGUACCCUGUUGAAUCGUCACCAUCACGGUGUAUCGCUGAAUCCGACUGUUUCUUCCACCAGACACAGGGUCAACAAGCCAGGUCAAAGAUUUGGGGCCAAAAAGAAAUCAUGGGUAUGGAAUUGGUUUAUUCAGGAUCAAGAAGAUAUCAAUAUUGCCACCUGUGAACACUGCAACAAGAUCAUCAAGCGUUUACCAUCGGACAAAGGGUCACCAAAAAAGUUGAGUGAGCAUUUAAAAACUCACAAGAUUAGCAAGGAAAUUUCCAAUCCAAGAAGAGGCCAUUUCUUACCACAAAUGACCUCUUCCCCAUUGGGGAGCACCACACAUUCUCCAUUGACUUCCAGCCGGCUUAGUCUUGUGUCAACCGGAGAUUCCAAUUACAUUGAUAGAGAAUUCGAUGAUUCCCCAUACUCACAAAUGAAGUUCCAUAAGGAUAUUAUGAAGUUCUUGACAGAAAACAAGCUCCCUAUUAAUAUUGUCAAGACCCAAGGUUUCCGACAAUUGAUUUUCACAUUACGUCCGGAAUCCAUCUACGAUUUGAAUGAGUUGAAUAAUUUGUAUUCUUCUUUGAUCCAAGUGAUCAAGAAUGAAAAUCCCGUGGGACCUUCAAUGAACCAACCACCAAGUCAAGUACAACCACAAGAUCCACAUCAACAAAACUCCACUGAUCUGUCAGAUGGUACCAAUAUAAAUGCCGGAUGGAUUUGA